AUGGCGGAAAAGAGAUUCCGUUGUCUUGAACGUCGUCUAGCAUCGAAGCCCGAAUUAUAUCAAAAUGUGAAGACCCAGAUCAUCGAGUACCAAGCCAAAGGGUACAUUCAUAAGGUGAGCAAAAAGGAGUUAGCCAGUUUCGAUCCCAAACGGACCUGGUUCCUGCCGUUGAACGUCGUUACGAAUCCGAGAAAGCCAAACAAAGUACGAUUAGUAUGGGAUGCGGCAGCUAAAGUCCAGGGACAAUCGUUGGAUUCUGCUCUUCUCGCUGGCCCAGAUUUUCUCAUACCACUCACAGCAGUUUUGAGUUCAUUUCGCCAGUUCGAGGUGGCCGUCAGCGCAGAUAUCUGCGAGAUGUUUAACCAGUUUCUCAUCAGACCAGAAGACCGAUCUGCUCAGUUGUUCUUGUGGCGAGACGAUCCAUCUAAGCCAUUCGAUGUGUUCGUGAUGGACGUAGCCACGUUCGGCUCCACAUGUUCGCCUUCUGCAGCACAGUUUAUUAAAAAACGGAAUGCUGUGGAAUUUUCCGAACAGUUUCCACGAGCGGCGGAAGCGAUCACGAAUCAUCAUUAUGUGGAUGAUUUCCUGUGUAGCGUACACACAGAGCAGGAAGCUGUUGAGCUGGCAGAGCAGGUACACUCCAAGGCAGGUUUCAACAUUAGAAAUUGGCUGUCAAACUCAUGUGAGGUUCUAAUACGGGUCGGGGAACAACAAGCGGAGUCGCAGAAAAAACUUCUCGUCGACAGGUCGGCUGCUUACGAACGCGUUCUUGGCAUGAUCUGGAAGCCAGAACCGGACCGAACCGUACCGUCUUUCAAGGGGCUGACGGAAAUCCACGAUUUAACGCAGGUCGACGAGUGGCGUUGGGUGCCAACCCGGUUGAACGUUGCCGACGAGGAUUCAAAGUGGGGUAAAGGUCCAAAUAUCGCCUCAUACAGUCGCUGGUUCCAUGCGCCAUCGUUCCUCUAUCAACACCCGGAUCUGUGGCCUCUGCAAACAACGAAGGAGGUAGAGACAGUGGAAGAACUUCGUCCGGUACACCUCCAUCAGAAUGUCGUCGAAAAUCAGCUGCUGAAGUUUGAAAGGUUCUCGAAAUGGGAGCGCCUGGUCCGGGCGGUAGCCUACGCACGCAGGUUCGUUGACAUCCUUCGCUGCAGAAUCAAGAAGCUAGCACCAGGUAAAACAGAGUUCCUGAAUCGGGACGAAAUACUCAAGGCGGAGUCAACCAUUUUCAUACUGAUUCAGCUAGAGACCUUUGGAGAUGAGCUCGUUAUCCUCAAGAGAAAUCGAGGACUUCCCGCUGGAGAACAAAUGAAGAUCGAGAAAACUAGCAAAAUCUCCAAACUUUCUCCCUUCCUGGACGAACAAGAUGUCAUGCGGAUGGAUGGCAGAAUUGCAAAUGCUCAGCAGGUAUCGUUUGACUUCAAGUUUCCCGUGAUUCUGCCCAAAAGACACGGCGGAACUAAACUCCUCGUCGAUUGGUACCAUCGGCAGUACAAACACUGCAAUGGGUUUCACGUAUCGGAGAUGAGGGUUGCCUUCAAGCUAGCCAGAAAGCAAUGCCAGUGGUGCAACAUCUACAAGACGACUCCGGAGAUUCCACGAAUGGCUCCCCUGCCUCAAGCUAGGACGGUGUCGCACGUUCGGCCAUUCACCUAUGUCGGCGUGGACUACUUCGGGCCAAUGCUGGUUAAGCAGGGACGCAGCGAGGUUAAGCGUUGGGUUGCACUAUUCACCUGCUUGACCAUACGUUCAGUGCAUCUGGAGGUGGUGCACAACCUAACGACGGAAUCCUGCAAGAUGGCGAUUAGGCGGUUCAUCGCACGGAGGGGGGCCCCACGGGAGAUAUUCAGUGAUCGGGGAACAAACUUCGUGGGCGCUAGCCGCGACCUGAAGAGGGAACUUCAGCACAUCAACAGCAACCUUGCGGGUACGUUCACCAACACAGAUACACAGUGGCGUUUCAAUCCACCCUCCACGCCACACAUGGGGGGGGUCAUGGGAACGCAUGGUUCGGUCGGUUGA